AUGACCACCAAUUAUUCUAAUCCCGACUCCCUGGGCGAGCUGUCCAUGCUGGUCGAGCGCACCCUACUGGAUACUGGACGACUGUUUAGAAAAAAUGGUUCAGUCCCAUCAAGCACACAUCUGCAACGAUCCAUCCCUUCCUACUAUGAGAGCUUCCAGUCGGCCCUGGAUAAUCUCUCAGAGCAAAUUUUUAUCGCCAAGGCCUUUUUGGAAAAGGACUAUGAAGCUAUCAAGGCCCGGGAGUCCGCACCGCAGCUUACAGAAGAUGUGGCAAUGAGCGAUGCGGAUCUGAAUAUUCCAGCACAGGUUCAACCACCAUCACAACCUGUCGCCAAAUCCCCAAGUCCCGAAAAAGCGGACCUGAAGGAGGAAGAACCGACAGUGCCAGAGCCGCAAGCAGCCCCCCACCACCAUACCGGAGCCUCAGCUGAAGGAGGAUGGACCCAAGAGAUCAACUUUGAUUCCGUUCUGAAUGACACUGGAGGCGCAAACACCUUUGACCUCAAUCUUGACUUUGGAAACGACGACACAGGCAAUCAAGCCUUCCUUUCUGGAACGACCUUUGGCAGUGCCGAAAAGCCUAACGCCUCGAUGCCGGUGGAGAAUUCGAUCGAGAAUACAAUCCCCACGCCUGCUGGCGGGGGUGCAUUCGAUAUGGAAUUAGACAGGACAGAUGGAGACGCCAAUCUAUUCACCGAGCAAGGCGGAACAGACGACAUGAUGGGUCCUGGGGAAUCCAGCUUCGACGAUUUGUUCAUGGAAACAGAGAAUUUUGGAGAAGGUGGAGAUCUGAACCAUUUGGAAGGGGACAGUUUGAUGAAUAUUAGCGAGCUGGAUGACAACUGGUUCUCUUGA